AUGCAAGCGCCAGGGAACAAAGCUCUCGCCAUGACCAUAGGACUAGCCAUCAUCUUGUCUUUUUCAUUCGUUCUCUUCAACGACGAUGCCUACAAAUCCAUUCCAUCUCAGUAUGGGCAGGUUCGCAUCUGCGAGACCACUCCUGGGGUACGCUCUUUUAGCGGCUACGUCACCAUACCUCCAAAUGAAGACUCUCCCGUCGAGAGCAACAUGUUUUUCAUGUUCUUUGAGGCCAGAAAGUCCCCACGAAAAGCCCCACUGACUCUCUGGCUCCAGGGUGGCCCAGGUUCCGGGUCAAUCGGUCAAGCCGUGUCGGGCCAUAGCGGUCCGUGCCGCGUCCUCGGUCCCGACGGCACGGAAACCGAGCUGAACCCCUGGAGCUGGAACAACGAGUCCAACAUGCUGUACGUCGACCAGCCCGUGCUAACCGGCUACAGCUAUGAUACCAUCACGCGAGGUUUCCGCAACAUGACCAGCGGGAGCGUCACCCUGGGUGAUAACGUCUUUACCCAAAUCCCCGCAGACAAUGCAACCAUCCGCAAGGGCGUCUUUCCCAGCCAGGAGACCAAGAACGCCCCAAACACGACAGACACGGCCAUCGCCCAGCUGGUACGGUUCCUGGACAUUUGGACCAACGAAUUUGCCCGCUACCCACACGAUGAGAUCAACAUUUGGGCUCAGUCGUAUGGGGGUCAUUUUGCACCUGCUCUUGCCACCGCUCUCAUGACCCGCCGCCGCGACAAACCCGAGCUGAUGUCGGUCGGUUCCGUCGGUAUCAUCAACGGCUUCAUCGACAUGCUUCUCCAAGCCCCAUCACUAGCGACCUUCCCUGUCAAUAACACAUUUGGCAUCAAGGCGUACUCUGAAGAGGUGGCGACCAAGGCCAGCUCCAUCUUGCCCACCUGCAUCUCCCAGGCUGGCGACUGUCAGGCGCUGCAGCGGUCCAAGACGAAGAGCAGGGAAGAGAUUGAGUCCAGCUGCGCGGCCGCCUUCGAGACCUGUUGGGGAAUUGCGGCCCUUUACGACACUCAGGCGGAUAGAGGAGUUUUUGAUAUUGCCCACCAGGCGCUAGACCCUUUCCCGCCAGAGUAUAUAAUAGGAUGGCUCAACAAUGGCGAGGUGAGGCGGAAGCUAGGGGCAAGAGUCAAUUACACCGAGACGAACGGCCCGACGGAGACUGGGUUUGCAAUGACGGGCGACUUUAUCCGAAGCUCUAGCGAAGAGUUGGUCGGGUUGAUUGAUGCAGGAGUGAAGGUAGCCUUGAUUUUUGGAGAUCGCGACUUUCGUUGCAACUGGGUUGGUGGGGAGGCGAUCAGUCUCGCCCUCAAUCACUCCAAAAAAGAACAAUUCGCUGCAGCAGGGUACACCGACAUCAAAACCAACAACACCUACGUUGGCGGCAAGGUCAGGCAGCAGGGCCUUUUCUCUUUCAGCCGAGUUUUCCAGGCCGGUCACGAGGUCCCAAUGUAUCAACCCGAGACCGCGUAUCGAAUUUUCAUCCGGACCAUCACGGGCAAGGACGUGGCGACGGGCACGGUGGACCUUGUCAAGGACGGCGGCUUCGUCACGCAGGGACCUUUGUCGGUUUUUGACGUGCAGCAGCCGCCUCCCUCGCAGCCGCCAAAUGAAUGUUAUAUUGAUUUUUCGCCACUGGGUGCGCGUUGCACCAAGGAGCAGGUUGCAGCUUUGACGAAUGGGACGGCGGUCGUUGCGAAUCGGAUAGUGCUUUCGCCAGCUGCUUGA